AUGGUCGGCCACACAUCAGCUUCAGCCAGUGCCAUGCCCAACCCGGGGACCUACUACAUCGUGAAUCGUGUUCUCUCACCGGCGGGACAGAAACUCGCUCUAACCUUCAAUGGAGAACGGAACACUGUCACCGUUACCCCUCUGGUGAAGGUGACGAAUCAGGCGUGGUGCAUCAGGAACUACUACGACGGCGCAACGCAAUCUGUGUCGCCUGCGCCUAAAUCACGUUUGGAGAUUGGAAUGGGUCCUGGCACCAUACGAGUCCUACCCCCUGGGGCCUAUGUGUGGACCUUGAGGAACACCCCAACGGGAGCUACUAUACAAGAUGGGGCUGUGACUGUUUUCUGGGGUCUUUCCGAUGCCAAUGUUGAUCAGGAAGUAGGGUUCGGGGAUGAGGAUGAAAGAGGGAAUCAGCGUUGGAUCUUGAUUCCUGUGUAG